CUUAAGGUAUGUGAAGAAGCCCAAGUGGAUUAUGGUGUAUCCUUUUUCUUCCCCCUCCUCGUUCUAUAUCACCUCCUCUCGCUUUUCUUUGCCUUGUUCUGUUGUGUGUGUGUGUGUUGUGUGUCUCUCUUUGUGCCUCUGUGUGUGUGCCGUCGGUGCUUGCUCCAACUCGAGAACGUUCAACAUACCGCGUUAAUGCUACAUACCCAAACGUGGCUUUGUGGUGGGUGGGGGUAUGGGCAGUUGGGAAUGGAGGGGAGGGAUGUACGAGAGGCAAGACGGCGUACGUCUAGCCAUGCUCAAAGGCAUUGGACGUGAAUGGUAUGGGGCGGCAUACCAUGGUUGUGGACAUGUAGCUUGGAUAGGUCGCCCCCCCUGGCCCUGUCCCCCCCUGGCCCCCCCGUUCAGGCGCGCCAUCCAGCGUUUUUUUAAGGCUCUCCGCCCGUUUGGGCGCAAGUUGUUGGACAAAACCCUACCUGGUCUGGACCCAUAGCUGAGGCGCGAGGCAUGAGCAUGAGACCAGCUGCGUAAGGACCUUAAGUGGUUGUUGCGGUGGUGGCAAGGGUAUCGUCGCUCUCCUCUGUGAACUCGUCGUUUAUUUUCGGUUUCUUUCGGUAGUGUGUAACAGGUCAAGAUGGUGAAGGAGCACACGCUUGUUGUUGUCGGCUCCGGCGGAGUCGGCAAGUCGGCCAUCACGGUCCAGUUUCUGUACAACCAGUUCAUGACAUUCUACGACCCGACGAUUGAGGAGUCGUACCGUAAGCAGGUGGUCAUUGACGAUGUGGCGUGCAUGCUUAACAUUGUGGACACUGCCGGUCAGGAGGAGUACGCUACGCUCCGCGACCAGUACUGGGGCCCUGGUGAGGGCUUUGUUCUUGUGUACUCGAUCACGUCCAAGGAGACGUUUGUGGAGGUGCAGGAUCUGACCAAGCUUGUGCUGCGGACUAAGGACGCGGCGACGUUCCCGAUGGUGAUUGUGGGGAACAAGAAGGAUCUUGAGCAUGAGCGCAAGGUGCCGUCUGCCGACGGCGAGAGCCUUGCCAAGGACCUGAAGUGCCCGUUCUUUGAGACGUCGGCCAAGACCCGGCUCAACGUCGACGAGUGCUUCACCGCCCUUGUCCGUGAGAUCUGGGCCGACUCGGGCGACGAUCCGGUCAACCCGGGUGGCAAGGCCAAGAAGAAGGGCGGCUGCGUGCUCCUCUGAGCUUGCCAUGUCUUGCAUUCGCUUUUCUCCUUGCUUGUGUCGGCUUCCCCUCUCUACGAGGGAUUUGCCUCUUUCCAUCCUCCUGUUGUCUUGAGCGCGAGCCAGGCCGCGGCGGCCACCCCACAUCUGUCGGCAUCGCCAUCUUUUCUCAACGCCUCCUUCCCCUCGACCCUUGCACUCUCGACAUCCUGCAGUCAAUCUGCACGCCUCGACCUGUCUGUCCAGUUCGGGCGACCUUUGGCUGCACUUUCACCAAUGAAACACUAUGUGUCCACA